AUGAUCUCACGUGUUGCUGCAGUCAUGGCACCCAACAAACACAACCGUCGCCGCGUGACCGGAUCCAGCGGAAGGAGGAGGGAAGGGAGAGGGAGUGAGCCGCAGAGACCCAACAUGUCCCGGCAUGUGUUUACUUCCGCGGUGCUGCUCCUCGUCGUGAUGAUGUGCUGCGGCACCUGUGGAGCCGCGGCCGCUGGAGGGAAUAAUGGGAAGAGUGAUUUAAUAAAUAUUCAUAAGCUGCAGGGAGUCGAUCUAUUUGUGCCGCAGACGAUGCUGGUGCGGCCGAAAGGGGGGACUUCUCCAGAAAUGAAGUUGGAUUCCUUUGUUACACCCUCUCUCGUCAGUGCUGGUGGAGUAAUUGCGGCUUUUGCCGAAGGUCACGAAAACGUCCGAAAAGACAAUGACCAAUCAAUCAGGCACUUUUACUCU